AAUAGCCACGGACGCCUUUCCUGUCAAGAUGCUGUACGACAAGUCACAUGACCAGGUGUGGCUGCUGGCUUGGGGGGACAUGGAGAGGACACACCCCACCCUGCAGGUGAUUCCUCAAGCCAGCGUUGGAGAAGUCCAUCACGCCAUGCGCACCACCUUCCAGCGGGUCGACGACUUCUUCAUCCCGCCGACCAACCUCAUCAUCACUCACGUGAGGUUCGCCUUCAUCUUCCUCAAAGACGAGCCCGCCGUCCACAAGGUGGACCUGGAGACCUUCCGCCGGGUGAAGACGAUAAGCUUGAAGAACCACAGCUGCGUCCCGGCCGGCAUGGCGUACACGCACCUGAGCGGCGUCUACUUCGUCCAGUGCCAGACCAGAGGACGCCCGCGGGCUCCGCCCCUGCUCCUCAUCGACAGCGUGACGGACGCGGUCAUCGGGCCCAACGUCGGCGGCGGCCGCCGCGCCUUCGUGUCGCCGGACGGCCGCUACAUCGUGACGUCCGACCCCGGCGGCGCCAAGCUGAGAGUACAGACGGUGUCUUUCCAGGGAGAGAUGAGUCUGAAACUGGAAGUGGACGACCCCGUUGCCGUGUCGGACCUCAUUUUCCAGCCGUCCUUCGCCGAGUCCAACAGAUACGUGGCGGUGGCGUCCUCGGACUCCACCACAGACCUCCUGUUCGCCGAUCUAUCCUCGGGUCACGCCGAGGUCCUCCGGGGCCUCAAGGAGCCCCUAGACCCUCAGACCUGGCCCUGGGGGGGUCCUCACAGGGUGGUGGUCUCCAGCGGCUUGUUCGGACAGUACCUCCUCACGCCGUCGGCCCAGUCCCUCUUCAUCCUGAACGGCAAGCAAAGAACGCCGCACUGCGAGGUGUCGGACAUCAAGAGAGGGAACACGGUGGUAUGGGUGGGCGAGGUAUGAGUCCACCGGCUAAAAAGAAAAGGAAAAAACAUCCCCAGGUUUAGGGAUGAUGUUCGAAACCGGUUCUCUCCCGGUUGUUCGAUAAGAAAAGAACCGAUUCCAUGGACUCGAAUCCCUUUUUGAGAACCGGUUCCCGUUAUCGAGGCCACUAUAGUAAAGAAAAAGAGUUGGUUCUUUAUUCGAAUCCCUGGGAACGAAUCCCGUCCCACAGGAAACGCCCUGUGGGACAUCACAGGAAAUGACGUAAUUUCCUGUGAUGUCACACAAGCAGCAAAAAUAAUGGACAGUUUUUCUGUAAAAUCCCACUUAAUAUACUUUGGGUUACAACAGUCAAUAUUUAUUUAUUUUAUUUUUUUAGGGGGGGUAACAGUCAAUAUUUAUUUAUUCAUUUUAUUUUUUUUCUUAUAAAAUAAAAGUGAGCUUUUGUUAAACCAAAUAUUGUGUUUUUUUUCCAUAUACAACAACUUAUCUGGACUCGACAAGAGAAUCGAUAAGGAAUCGGUUCAAUAAGAGGAUUCGAUAAUGGGCUCGAACUCGAUAAUUUCUUAUCAAACAUCAUCCCUACCUAGGUUUGAGUAUUUCCGGAUUCCCGUGGUCGUGGACUCAAGCU